AUGGCUGGGAAUAAAGGAAGAGGACGUGCUGCUUAUACCUUUAACAUUGAAGCAGUUGGAUUUAGCAGAGGUGACAAGUUACCUGAUGUUGUAUUAAAACCACCUCCACUAUUUCCUGAUACAGACUAUAAACCAGUGCCACUAAAAACAGGAGAGAGUGAAGAUUAUGUGCUUGCCUUGAAACAAGAGUUGAGAGAAACUGUGAAAAGAAUGCCUUAUUUUGUAGAAACACCUGAAGAAAAACAAGAUAUUGAAAGAUAUAGUAAAAGAUAUAUGAAGGUGUACAAAGAAGAGUGGAUACCAGAUUGGAGAAGACUCCCUAGAGAGUUGAUGCCAAGGAAAAAAUGCAGAAAAGCAGGCGCCAAAUCCAAAAAGGCAGAGGAUGCAGGCAAAGGCCCUUCACUUACAAAUCCUGUGGAUGUAUUGAAAAAAAUUGAGGAAUUGGAAAAGAAAGGUGAAGGUGAAAAAUCAGAUGAGGAAAAUGAAGAGAAAGAAGGAGGCAAAGAGAAAAGUAAAGAAGGCGAUGAUGAUGAGGAAGACGACGCUGCAGAACAAGAGGAAUAUGAUGAAGAAGAGCAAGAAGAGGAAAAUGACUACAUUAAUUCCUACUUUGAAGAUGGAGAUGAUUUUGGUGCAGACAGUGACGACAACAUGGAUGAAGCAACCUACUAG